AAAACCGGAAACAGCAUGGCUGACACUGAAAACAUGGAAAAUGAAAGUGAUGAGGAAAUGGAAGAAGAGGUCCAAUGUGGAUCGGAUAUGGAAGAUGAGGGUGAAGAUGAAGGUCCAGCGAAAACGUAUCUACCUGGGGAACCCUUACAGGAAGGAGAAGAACUUGUCUGUGACGAGUCAGCCUAUGUUAUGUACCACCAGGCACAGACAGGAUCACCAUGUCUUAGUUUUGAUGUGGUCCCGGACAACUUGGGGGAAUCACGGCAGACUUACCCUAUGACUUGUUACAUGGCGGCAGGCACGCAGGCACAGAGAGGCAAGACAAACCAUGUCAUCAUCAUGAAGAUGUCCAACCUGAACAGAACCUUAAAGGCGUCAAAAGAGGGUGACUCGGACUCUGAGAGCAGUGAGAGUGAGGACGAGGAGGAGAAGCCCGAGUUAGAAACGGCCAUAAUCAACCACAGUCUUGGAGCUGUCAACCGGAUCAGGGUUACAAGACAUAAAGAAAACACUUUAGCAGCCACCUGGUCAGACAAAGGAAAGGUACAGAUCUGGGACCUGAUGUCACCUCUGAUGGCACUGAAUGACCCGAUGAUGAUGAGUAGCUACGUAAAGAAUGAUGAAUCAAAGCCAGCACUGUUCACAUUCUCUGGUCACCAGGUGGAGGGCUUCGCGCUUGACUGGUCAACUACAUCACCUGGCAAGCUGCUGUCUGGUGACUGCAACAAGAACAUCCAUCUGUGGACGCCAGGGGAGGGGGGCACCUGGAAGGUGGAUCAGCGACCGUUCUCAGCUCACACAUCAUCCGUGGAGGACCUCCAGUGGUCACCAACUGAGGACAAUGUGUUUGCUUCCUGUUCUGUGGACCGCAGUAUUCGUAUCUGGGACAGUAGGGCGGCGCCACACAAGGCGUGCAUGUUGACAGCGGCUGACGCACAUGAGAGAGAUGUGAAUGUGAUACACUGGAACCGCAACGAGCCGUUUAUCCUGUCUGGAGGGGACGAUGGAGUCCUCAAAGUUUGGGACCUCAGGCAGUUCCAGCAGGGGAAGCCAGCGGCCCUGUUUAAGCACCACACAGCUCCAAUCACCUCCGUGGAGUGGCACCCAACAGACAGCUCUGUGUUUGCAGCAGCAGGCUCUGAUGACCAGGUGUCCCUCUGGGAUCUGGGUGUGGAACGAGACAUUGAUGCACAGGGCCCCUCAGAUGGGGAGCCAGAAGUGCCCGCACAGUUAUUGUUCAUUCAUCAAGGACAGACAGACAUUAAGGAGAUACAUUGGCAUAGACAGUUACCAGGGGUGAUUCUCAGUACUGCGCACAGUGGAUUUAACAUAUUCCGGACCAUCAGUGUGUGAUUGGGUAUAACCUGAAGAUAUUUUGUUGUUUAUGAUUGCAAUGGAAGUUCAACACCUGAAAAGAUUAUAAAAGGGUAAUAAGUA